GGUGUGACGUGGAACUCAGAGCUCCGCUUCCGGGAUAGAAGGGGAAACUUCAUCUUCUGCCAGGAGAGUGAUAGAGGCCUGGAGUGCCCGCUUCUCCGUCUACCAUGGGGGGUUUCUUUUCAAGCAUCUUUUCCAGCUUAUUUGGAACACGAGAGAUGAGAAUCUUGAUUCUGGGUCUUGAUGGAGCUGGAAAGACCACAAUACUUUACAGGUUGCAAGUAGGAGAAGUUGUCACUACCAUUCCAACAAUCGGUUUUAAUGUUGAGACAGUAACUUACAAGAACCUUAAGUUUCAAGUAUGGGACUUGGGAGGACAAACAAGUAUCAGACCAUAUUGGCGUUGCUACUACUCCAAUACAGAUGCUGUAAUUUAUGUGGUGGACAGCUGUGACAGAGACAGGAUUGGUAUCUCCAAGUCUGAACUGGUUGCUAUGUUGGAGGAGGAGGAGUUGAAAAAAGCUAUCUUAGUGGUGUUUGCAAACAAGCAGGACAUGGAUCAGGCAAUGACCCCCACAGAAGUGGCUAACUCACUGGGAUUACCAGCUUUAAAAGAUCGCAAAUGGCAAAUUUUCAAGACAUCAGCUACAAAGGGAACAGGCCUUGAUGAAGCUAUGGAAUGGUUGGUGGAGGCUCUAAAGAGCAGGCAGUGAGCUCCUUGUACUUUCCCUUCUAUACUGUAAAUGUCACCACUCCUCAGAAGAAUGCCUCUGGAUGUACAUACAUCUGCACAGCGACAACCUGACAUUGAUCCAACUUGAAUGCAAAAGGUUUAUUCGUUAAAUUCCAUGAGUCCUCUUCUCCAGUAGCACUGUAUAAUACUGCUCUCUAUGUGCCUGUUAUGUAUUGUAGUUUCAACUUAUUUAUAUCCUUUUUUUUUUUUUUUUUUUUAAUGAUGGUGAUUUGGAAGAUGCAUAUCGUAUGUAUCGGAGAUCUUAUUUCCCUCUUAACUGACAGUUUUUUUCGGAUUUCAAAAAUUUGACUGAGAUUUGGGCCUGUAACACUGAUUCAUAGCUGUGAACUGUCUCUAUUAUGAAGACCAAAUGUAUAAAUAAACAUUUAUAAUUAGAA